CUUCGGUCCCCUUCAUGACCUCUACCAUGGGCACCCAUGAUACCCAACCUACGGACGACCCGUCGUGCCGGAUCCUCACUGUGUCGACGUCUUUGGAUACUGUUAUCAGCUUCGUUGACCGUGAGAUAGCUUCAGAGUGAAGGAAUCAUCGAACACCAAUGAUCCACUGUAACAGAACUUUGUGCCAUGCCCAACACCUGGACGACAUCGCCAGCAAAUGGGAUGUCGCUAGGGGAAUCCCCCCUCCUGAACGCUAUGCCAAUGAGUCGGGGCUUGGCGAACGAGCACGGAUCCCCUGGAAGAUCGCGAACAAGUACUAUACUGCCGAUGUGCACUUUCUGGCGCACACAGUCACCGGCCUCAGCCCGAACACUCUCAAUGACGUUCCCGCAGUUGUGUUUGUCUGGUCGAGAGGCGAGGAAUACAGACAAUAUGUCGAGCGCCUGGCUUCGGAUAUGCGUGGCAGCGAGUCAGAAGUGUGUCUGGCAGUCAGGAUUUCGAGCUCUGCAUCGACGAACUCGACGACUGGGACUGUGGAUGAGGAGGAUGACACAGAAACCGACGAUUUCCUGUCGUCGAAUGGCUUCGAGUUCAUCGAUGCUUCAUCCAAUGAGGACGUCACCUCUGCAGUGAGACAGGAGGAGGAUCUAGCAUCCUCGCAGGGUGAGUCCUCCACGUUCCAUCUCAUUGCGAUGUCAUCAUCGGGCCGUGAGUAGGUAUUCCUGGUCUACCUCGUGUUCACGAUGCCUUGAGCACGAUUAUGUGGCCCUCGAUGCAAGCACGGGAAUCUGGUCUAGGGUCAUCGACCCGCAUUAGACCUGAUUUAGACUGGGUGAACAACUCUAUCGACGGCCCCAGUCUUCUUGUACGAGGGGCCGGUCGUAGCAAGGAAGAGGAAAUGCGAGAACUAUCGCGUUGGUUGGAGGAAGACGAUGAUGCAUUCUCCAACGACGAUCCCUGGCGACCAUUUGUCGGAGCUGCCUCGACUGAGGCAUCUCAAUUGCCGAUUACCAGUGCACCCGAGCUUGGUUUCGAGGACGACUUCACGGUGUUCGUGUCAGCACCUCCGGAGCCAGAUGAUGACGAGGACGAAGACGAUUCGUUCGACGGUGGACCGCGGUUAGGGCCUCCGGAUUCGAGUCCUCUUUACUUGUCGCUGGGCUCCGGACUGGACCUGAGUGCGGUGGACAGCGGCGGGGAACAGGCUCAAAAUAGAGACGAUGAGGAAGCUGGCGAUUUGCCGACCGAUGCCGAGAUUGAAGAGAUGCACAGUCUGAUAUUUGGAUCGGCGGUUGCCGGGGAUGAUUUUGAGAUGGCGCCGUUCGACCUGAGCAAGGUUAUGACUGCGCUGGAGGGAAUGAAGGCGGAGAUUGCUAAUAUGGGCGACGAGGGUUCUCGGAGAAAAGCUGCCGCACAGGUCGCACUGGGCCUAGUCUACGGGCUCGAGCAGGCUGAAUAGCAUGGAUACCCCGAUAUUCAAAUACGCGUCCAAGCGCACGUGGUUAUUCAUGUCGUAUCUGAUUGAUGGCAGACCAGGCACGAGCGUGAUUCUGCAUUCUUGGCCAACAAAAAGUCAGACUGCUUCGCAUCUCCGAACCCGCCUACACCCGCUGAACCCUGCGAUGGGCAAAGCAUCCGCAGUCUACACCACUCACUAGCCAUCCAUCCUUGUCUCAAUCGCCGCUCCUGUACUUCAUCUGUACAUUCCUGACACACACGACCACCGAGCCUACGCCGCUUAGUUCAUGUCCUCACGGCGACCUGCCACAAGUCCAGGCCCGGGAGGCAAUCCCGUCCCCACAAAAGCCGCUAGCGCUGAUGGCACGCCAAGUUCCGCCAUGAAACCACCACUACAAAAGCGUCACUCGACCUAUACAUUCACUACGCCCACACUAGAUCACCCUUCUCCAGCCGUAGCUCCGCCUCGUCCCCCGCGCAAUCCUGCCCGGAGCCCCGUCCCUGCAUCCCGACAAGUCAAGAAGCCGCAGCGGCCAUCUACAGCCACGGGGGGCCGCGAGGAGGUGCGUCCUUUAGGAAAUCGUUAUCCUCGGUUCGGCAUCUCAUUCCCCUUUGGCCAGGUCACGCCCUGGGAGUUCUUCCCGGCGAAUAUACCCCUGGACGGUUUACCAUUGAACGGGUCCGACAACAUCGUUGAAGUCGCAACAGGGAAACGUGAGGACGUUUUGCCUUGGGAACUGUUUCCAGCCCCGUUAUAUGAUGUCGGCGCCGCUUCUAAGCCGAUAGACAAUGCGUCACACGCUCCAAACAACGGCACCCCCAAUGUCCACACCCCCCAUUACCGCCAGCCGCGGCCAUCAGGAUCCUCUGGCCAUGGGUCCAUACUCUCGGAUAUAUCGCGCAUCCGGCGCCGCAAAAGCACAGGAGCGAAACCACCGAUUGCAACACCUGUUGCCACACCCACUACGAGCCACUUUGCCUCUCCUCCCCGCGUGUCUACAUCGGAUUCUUCGAACGGCCACCUACAACGCAGACGCGAAUCCCACUCCCCGAGACUCCUCCACAAAACGCCCUCCGCAGCCACUGUUCGACCACCUGUGUCAACAAGCACCGUCAGCGGUCCGGAGUCCGUAUCACAUUCCGCCGACAUCCCUUCUGCCGAGAAGACUCCCACCGUGGAUUCGCAUCUUGACAAGCCACAUCUGGCAGAAGAUCUCAAGUUCUCUACGGCUGAUCGAACCAUUCUCAAGGAACUCAAGAGGAACAUCAGUGCACGCGCAGCUCAGUUCGUGAUCAAAGGCGGCCUCGAUGACCGCAGCGGCUACCAGCCGGGAGGGGCGAGCUUCAUGCGGAUGGGCGCGAAACAUCACGCGUUCGACCAUGACGAGGUUCCCUAUCCUCGCAGCUAUGCACGGGAGGUUCUCGACCUCGAUGUCUGGGAGACGAUGGCCUGCCAGCGCAUCUGCAACAGCCUCACCUGGCAUGUUUUUGAGGAACCACCAACCCGAAUAUUAGACAUCGGUUGUGGGACUGGCACCUGGGUAAUGAACUGUGGUGUUGCUUGGAAGGAUUCUCAUUUCGUUGGUCUGGAUGUCGUGCCUCUGCAUCCCGAUCUCGGAGCAUCUGAACUUGCGACCCGGAUAACUUGGGUGCAAGCGAAUUUCCUCGAAGGACUGCCAUUCCCGAAUGACGAGUUUGAUUUUGUACAUAUCAAACGCAUCGCGCUCGGAGUGCCGGAAGACAAAUGGGAUUCCUUGUUUGAAGAGAUUGUCCGGAUAUUGAAGCCAGGAGGAGCAUUCGAGUUCAUUGAGGAGGACUUGUUUUUCCCUGGCAAGACUUGUGAAGACGAAAACGCAAGCGAUAACGACGAUGUUAGGUCUGAUACUGUUUCUGAAAUGAGAUAUGCCCCGCCACCGUCAGACGGGUCGGAUCUCGAAGACGAUGCGUCGGUCAUAACUGGCUCGGGCGGUUCUCGAGUCUCAUAUGAUGGAACGCCAAACACAAGCGUGGGAGCAAUCCCAGAAGAGGAUGAGGUCCCCAAUAGACCGUACCGACAUUCUUAUCAAGUACUGUCUACCGCUCAAGCGGGCCAGACUUAUGGCCCCUCUGGAUCGGCCAACUCGCUUGAAACGGACAAGAAGGGCAAACCGCGAGGGUACUCGACUUCCACCUUGCCUACGUCCGCAAACUACCGGCACCCAUCGGAGCUUUUGCCUCCUGCCCGGCCCGCGAAUGUCCCUUUCUUGCACCGACCACUGGCCCAAGCACCUCCCAAUCCGCGAGAUCAUUCUACUCUGGAGCGGAUCUACAAUGAGAUGAAUGCAUCGCGGUUCAUCAAUCUGUCCCCGUUGUCGCUCUUGGCCAAUUUGGUCGGUCUGUACUUCAAGGAUGUUCGGACCCAUCCUCCAUUGCAAUUUGCAUUUCCUCCAGCGGCAGCUGUUCCGGCAGCUGAGUCGGAUUCUUCCGACUCGGACGACGCGCGAGAUGCGAUUGUCGCUCGCCCUCGACGCGAGUCAUUGCCUGCGCCAGCGCCAUGGGGCGAGGAUCGAUUUGUGGGGACACGAGAUCUGCUUAAGCGGGAGUCGCGGUACAUUAGCUUGGACGACUCUCGGAUGUCUGCGCUCUCUCCGGCUGCACACUCGUCGUUUGCGUCCCGGUCUCCUGUGGCGCGGCCUGCUCUGAAUCGGCUGCCGAAUUCGACCCUGAACAUCGAUGUGCAGAGCCUCAAUAUGCAUCUCGGGCUGCGGAUGGCUGAAGUUCUCGCGUGCUCGGAAUCCAUGUGGGAAUGGAUUCUGUCGUACCAGGUGGGAGUUCGGCGUGACCGCGCGGCGGGCAGACCCAGGACAGGGUCGCUUGCUAGCGAGAUUGGGGGCCGGCGCUCGUCUCGGCUUCCUCUGGUUGUGAGCGACCCGGAGACGGCUGCAUUCAAGAAUGACGUGCUCGACCUUACCCGGGAGGAUUUCGAUGCAUUGCUAGUCCGGUUCGAGAUGGAUAUGAAAGAGCAGAUGGCCUUGGGCUCUGUGCUGCGCAACGAGUUUGGAUGGCCGUGCCAGCCGCUGGCGCCUUCUCAGGACCGAAAAGUGUUUAUUACAUCCUGCGAGCGAUGGGACCAGUGGCAGCAAAGGAAUCAGCGCAGGUCCAGGUCUCCAUAUCAAGUCGACGGCUGGGACGUCGCGAGCUCUCCUCCUCUGCCGCCGGAGCAAAGACUCAGCCGCUCCAUGGGCGUGUUCGUUGCCUGGAAACCGCUAUGACAGUGCACUGCCACCCCCAAAGCAGUACGACCGGAAGUAUCUCGCCGACAGCCCAAGCAAUCGAUACUUUCCUUUUCUAUCAUCUGGCGUUGAGGCUUCUAUCCUUAUUUGUAUCUGCUAUGUAGCGCAUACUCAAAGUGUUACUACUAACUUGAUGACAUCUCACGACUUGUUGUAAUCUUCCCCAUGUAAUAAGUAGUAAACAUCUGAACCCGCACCCAACUCGUGUGCUGUUCGAUUGCAAUAUCUGUCGAAUGUAUUCGCGGAGCACCCCAUUUCCAAAUAAC